AUGGGAGCAUCCGGCUCAUCUCAGCAAGCAGCACCUGUGGUGCCAGAACAACCAGUUGAAAUGAAUAAACCAUCAGAACCGGAGCCGAUCUUGAAAAGAGAUCCAAAUAGACUAAAAGAAGCUGCUAAGAGUAUUAAGUUAGAUGACAUGUACACAAGUGAUUGCCCAAUGAGUCAGUCAGAAGGUGCUAAAAAGCCACCCAGUGGAUGUCCAAUGCAUGCUGGGAAAGGUGAUGAUGAACUUGACCCAGACAAUCUGAUGCCACCACCAAAUCAGCGACCAGCUCCAGAUCAACCAUUCUUGCUUUCCACAGACAGACAAGUGUCCGGCAUUCCAAAGGCUGGAGAUAAGAGUGAAAAAUGGGUAUACCCAUCCCCACAGAUGUUUUGGAAUGCAAUGUUACGCAAAGGGUGGCGGUGGAAGAAGAUCAGCUGA